UAAAUAAAAAAAACACAACACACAGCCUCUCGCCCUUAAACCCUAGAAUACCUAAACAAAAACCCUUUUGGCUCAACCAUCCAUCCAACCACCCAAUUAAUCAUGGCGGCGACACCUUCCGCCGGAGUAGAAGCACUCCACCACCUGAAACUAACAGAGCCACCGAUGUACCUAACUCCGUCACCUGAACUCGCAAACGCCGCUCGUAUCGCUUCAGAACACUUAUUCGCUUCACUGAAACCCUACACAUCUAAAUCACCAUUUGACCGUCUUCUCGUUGACCACAAGUUUGACGCCGAACAGAUUUGGCAGCAAAUUGACCUCCAAUCUCAGCCGCUGAUCUCCGCCAUCCGCCGUCAAGUUGACAAAUUUGAAAAGGAUCCAAAACAGCUCAAAAACAUUUUCAAAAGUGGUGAAUCUGAGCAACAUAUUGAUGAGGAUUUAGGUUUUGAGAAAGUAGAAAAUGAUGAUGACGUGAUUCAUGACGUGGAGGAUGAUGAUGAUGAGGAUGAUGUCGAUAAUGAUGAGGAUGAGGUGGAUGAUGAUGAUGAUGAUGUGGAUGAUGAGAAGAGAGGUGAAGGUGGAUUGGAGGAUGGAUUUUUUAGUAUUGAGAAAAUGAAGGAAUAUAUGGAAGAUGAUGAAGCUAAAGAGUACGGAAUUGAUGUUAAGAAAAAUAAAAAAUCAGCGACAAAAGCGGCAAACGAGUUUGGGGAAGAAGAAGAUGACGAAGACGAUGAUGAUGAUGAUGAGUUGUUUGGUGAAGGCGAUGAUGACGAUUCAGAAGGUGAAGAUGCUAGAUAUGAGGAUUUCUUUACAUCUAAUAAGAAACGUGCUGAAAAUAAGAAACCUAUAGUGCACAAGGAGGUGGAGGAUGUAGAGAUGAGAGAUGAAGAAGAAACUGAGGAUUCAAAAGACGAGGGUGAUCAGGAUGGUGAUGAUGCGGUAUCUGAUGACGAGGUGAAGGAUGCCAAUCUUUCUACACAUGAGAAGCAGCUUAUAGAACAGCGAGCUAAAAUAGAGGAGGUGGAGAGGGAGAACUUAGCAGCAAAGUCGUGGACCAUGCGGGGAGAGGUAAGUGCAACUAAAAGACCCAAGAAUAGUGCUUUAGAAGUUGAUUUGGAUUGGGAUCGCAAUGUAAAUCCACCACCAGUUAUCACAGAGGAGGUUUCCCAGUCCAUUGAAGAACUAAUUAUGAAAAGGAUAUCCGAGGGUCACUUUGAUGAUGUCGAAAGGCCUCCUAGCUCACCUUCCAAGGCACCAAGGGAAAUGAAGGAAUUGGAUGAGAAUCAGAGUAAGAAGGGCCUUGGCGAAAUAUAUGCAGAUGAGUAUGCUGUGAAGACCGGCCUGGUGUCAAAAGCAUUGACUAUAUUAGAUGAGCAAAAGAAGGAGGCAACAGAAAUUUUCAAGAAAUUAUGUCUGAAGUUGGAUGCCCUAUCCCACUUCCACUUCACUCCAAAACCAAUAAUUGAAGACAUGUCUAUUCAACCAAAUGUUCCUGCCCUUGCAAUGGAAGAGAUUGCACCUUUGGCAGUUUCGGAUGUAGCUAUGCUGGCUCCUGAAGAAGUAUUUUCUGGCAAAGGAGACAUUAAAGAAGAAGCAGAACUAACACAGGCAGAUAGAAAGAGGAGGCGAGCUAAUAAGAAAAGGAAGUUUAAAGCUGAGAACGCUAAUAAGAUAGUGAAGAAGGCACGCGAAAGCACAAUAUCAGCAGAUGAUGGCAAGGGAGAACCAUGAGUUUCUGGCACAUAUCGGUUUAUUAUUUGACCGAUCAUUUAACUACAAUGGAAGAUUUCUGAUAGUUUUGAUUCUGCACCAGUUGUGCGAAGGAAUGAUCAGAAAAGCAAAUGAUGGCUGGUUGCCUUUCAUUCAUCUGGAAAGUUUUGUUCUAAUAUUUAUAGAGGUAACAGAAAUGAAUAUAUCGUUUGAGUUAAUGGAAUUUCAUUUCCAUGCCAGGUUUAUUUAUUUACACUUGGUUAUAAAGUGAUAAUUAAUCCCAA